AUGUCGUCGCUGACAGACAUGCAUUACCCAACCGGCGCAUCCGCGCCGGCCUCAUGUUCGCCCCCGGACUCGACGCCCUCUCCAUCAACUUCGAGUGCCACGGCCCAUUCGUCCGCACGCCGGCCUCCGCGCAAGAGCACCUUGACUCAGCAGCAGAAGAACAACAAACGCCAACGAGCGACUCAGGAUCAACUAGUUCUCCUGGAAGUUGAAUUCAACAAGAACCCAACUCCCACCGCUGCGACUCGAGAGCGCAUUGCUUCGGACAUUAACAUGACCGAGCGUUCGGUUCAGAUUUGGUUCCAGAAUCGACGGGCCAAGAUCAAGAUGUUGGCCAAGAAGAGCAUCGAAACCGGUGAAGGAUGCGACUCCAUUCCGGAAUCUAUGCGCCACUACCUUGCGAUGCAGUUCGAUCCCAACAAGCCCGGCGCGAGAGAUCCCUUCGGUCGUGCGGGUGCAUACGGCCCCCCUAGCAUGUAUGCAAGCGAAACCAACCCGUCUGGCAAAGUUGUGAUUUCUCAUUUCACUUGCCGCUCCUUGACUGUGGGUAGCUGGCGGCGCAUUGGGCAAAAUGCGAUGGAUCUGGUUGUGUUCUAUUCGCCUGAUAAGGCCUGCAUGACCUAUUACAUCAACAACGACGCUGCCGGCUACAAGAUCGAGUAUCCGUUCGCCUAUAUUAAGAACAUCACCUUGGAAACUGGGGAUCCCAACCCUGGCCCCAAUGGCGCACCACCCCGACCUGGUGGUCUGGUCGUGGAGCUGAACCGCCCACCGCACUUCUACAUGGACUCGUCAAACUCUGGAGGCUUCUACCAGUGUGGUGAUUUUACUGAAGAGCAGCAGGCAAGCCAGAUUAUGGUUCAUCAUCUGGGAGGCCAUCCCAAGGUUUUGAGUGUUCAGCUUGCCAAGCUUGUGUCCUUGGAAUCCUUCCAAAACCGCCUGGCCUACAACAACAACAGCAACAACAACAACUUUGCUGUGCCGCCUGCAAUGUCUCCGCCGUUUAUCCAGCGACCCGCAUCUCAACCCAACCAAUUCGCCGCAUCCCCUUAUUUGAACUUGUACCAGGACAGCAAUCACCUGGGCUUCAACAUGCCAGCAGCACGUGGUCACAAACGCCAAAGAAGCCGUUCCGUGCCCGUCGCUGUUGAUAUCUCGACCCUCCAAGGCCCCAUGUCCUCUUUCCAUGUGCCACCGCCGCCGCCGCCGCCGCCACCUUUCAACCACACCGAUGCAGGAAUCUACGCCCCCGUGCCGCAGUCCGUUCACCACCUUCCCACCGACCUCCGAAUCGAUACCCAGGGAUACGGGCUCGACUUCCGUACAAACCCCAUGUCCGCGACGACUACCGGAUCCCCAUCGGACUUUGCUAGCCCGAUGUUCAGCAGCGCAGGACAAGGCGAAUCUACCCCUGUUGCCAACAUGACACCUCAGUUCAACUUCAUUUCUGGCGGAUCGACAGAGCCCUCGGCCAUGGGCUCCCACGCUCCAUCCCCGUAUUCUAGCGUCAGUCCCGCAGACCCAUUGAUCGCAAACCACUCCCCGCCCCUGUCCAACAUGCCUCACGGCUCAUCCGACAUGUACGGCUUCUCUCAUGAUCAACAAUCCGGUUUCGAUGACAGCCUGUCAAUGGACAUGUACUCGAAGCAUCAAGUCAACUUCGUCCCUCAUGAUACCCCUACCUUUGAACUCCCCAUGCAUGGCCUGUCCCACCCUUCACCUGGAAUGGGUGACUAUAAAGAUUACGCUCAUGACAUUACCAACCUGGAUGAAAUCAACUCGCAGGGCUUGCCUACUUCAUGA